AUCAAUUAUGUUUUUCUCCCCGCCAAUAGCAGUGGUGUCAUCACUCAUCGUAUGAUCGGGUGUCAUUGUAGACUGUCGCGUCGAGUCUGCCUAUCGAUCCCUAAUAAAAUUACGUAAAAAAAAAUACGAAAUAGUUUUCGCGAGUGUUCUGUUUAGCUAGUGAGCAGCUCGUGCACAGAUUAGCUCGUGCGUAUUUUCGGAAAUAUGGGCGGUGUUAAAUCACAUUUUUUAGUGCUAUUUAUUUACGGAAUCUUAGCUCAAAAUAUUUGGGGUCUAUCGCCCGUCAUACUCAUUCCCGGCGAUGGAGGAAGCCAACUCGAAGCGAGGCUUAACAAAACCUCCGUAGUACACUACAUAUGCGCAAAAACAUCUCCAAACUACUUCAACAUCUGGCUGAAUCUGGAGCUUCUUGUGCCUUUCGUGAUAGAUUGUUGGGUGGAUAAUCUAAGGCUAGAAUAUGACAAUGUUACGAGAACAACUAGCAACCCCGCAGGAGUUGAUAUACGGAUACCAGGGUGGGGGAACCCUGAGCCAGUGGAGUGGUUGGACCCCUCUCAUGACUCUACUGGAGCAUAUUUUAAUAGCAUAGCAGAUUCUCUAGUGAAGAUUGGAUAUAAAAGGAAUGUGUCUAUUGUUGGUGCUCCGUAUGAUUUCAGAAAAGCACCUAAUGAAAACAAAGAAUUCUUUGUGAAAUUAAAGACUCUAAUCGAAGACACAUAUACCAAGAACAACAAGUCGUCGGUAACUCUGCUGGUGCACAGCAUGGGCGGACUGAUGGCGAUGCACUUCCUCAAGCUGCAGAAGCAGUCGUGGAAGGAUCAGUAUGUCAAGCGGAUCAUAUCCCUCUCCACCCCUUGGGCAGGGUCGAUGAAAGCUGUCAAAGUCUUUGCUAUUGGCGACGACCUCGGCUCCCUGAUGCUGCGCGAGAGCAUCAUGCGCACGCAGCAGAUCACGUGUCCAUCGCUCGCGUGGCUGUUACCCUCGCCACUGUUCUGGAAGCCGUCAGAAGUGCUCGUGCAGACGGACAAGUACAACUACACCGUUAAGGACUUCCAGAAGUUGUUCACUGACAUGGAGCUGCCGACCGCGUGGGAGAUGAAGAAGGACACGGAGCAGUACAUGAACGAUUUCAGCGCGCCCGGCGUCGACGUGCACUGCAUCUACGGAUACAACAUAUCCACCGUAGAGAGACUGGUGUACAAGCCCGGGACGUGGCUGGACGGGUACCCGACGCUGGCGACGGGCGACGGCGACGGCACCGUCAACCUGCGCUCGCUGAGUGCGUGCGAGCGCUGGCGCAAGCGGCGUCUCCGCGGCCCGCACGCGCUCAAGUCACUGCCGCUGCCCGGCGCAGAGCAUCUCAAGAUCCUGCACGACCCGCGCGUCAUCGACUACAUACAGCUCGUCAUGAACGACUAGAGACCGCCGGUCCACUAGCACAGCUCGGCAUGGAGAAUUGAUGCUCUAUGGACUGCGUGGAUUCGAAGUAAGGAAUUAACUUUAUUUCUAAGCGGUAUUCAUUUCGAAAGAAUUUCAAUAAGGAAUCGAUUAGUUAGUUCUCUGUUAUCAUUAUGUAUUUCAGGUUGAUUGAAGAUACAAAUUAAAGAAAGAGACUGAGUGGAGCUCUCUAUAACUAUUCAAAUGUUGAAAUCGCAGCACACUAUUUCCUAACCUAUAAAUACAUACCCACCUUUUCAACCAUUUCUGAAAUUACUAUUCCCAUUAUAAAUAUUGUCUCACUUGAGUGCUAUUAAGUACUUUUAUUCUUUUAACGGGUUUUUUAAGUGUACGUUAUUAGGUAUUAAAAUAUGUGUAUUUUAUUUUUAUACGAACAGGGCGUUGUGAUCCCGCUACACUUGAUGGUAGGGAGGCGAAUCUAUUCCAUUCAUCGUCCAUUAAUUAUUGGGUCAAAUAUUGUCGACUGACGAGAGGUUAUUACCUCUUGCCAGUGGAUACAAUUGUGCCGGCUUGAUUGAUCUAGAUAACAACCAUAGUUAUGUGAAAAACUCUUGUUAAAGUUUUAAAUAAAUAUAUUAAUGAACCAAGGGAGCUAGUAAGUUUUAAAUUCUAUACAGAUGGUCUGGGCAACUUGUAAAUUUAAGAACUCCGGAUAUUCUAUAAGAAUAUUUGAGUCUUCAGGGGAAAGCCUCGACCACGCUCAGGGAAGCUAAAAUGUAUUAUUUAUAUUAGUAACUUAAGUUUCGUUUUAAUAGAUAAUUUGUAAAUAUUUUCAUGGAUAUUAGAUAGAUUAACUUGGGAUCUUCGGUUAUAAACCUAGAGUAUACUUAGAACACGUUUAAGAAACAGGAAUUCAUUCCGCUUUGCCUACAUCCGAUAAGUCGCGUUCUGUAAACGAAUGCGUCCAUAUUAAAAAAAAAUACACGAAAUGCGUGCUUAAUUAGCCAAAAGCAUGGUGUACAUUAGUGCUUUUAAAAAAAAAACGAAAUGCGGAUUAAUUUUUGUUAUUUGAAUGUGGUCUAAAUAAAAAUGAACGCUAUUGAUAGUAUCAUAAAGUACUUUUUUAAUAAUCAUCUUCGAAUAAACAUAAUUUUCAUCUGGAUAAGUAAAUAUUAUGGUUCUAUGUAUGAGUGCGUGAGUUAAAUGAUUUGAAUACGUAAGUAACCUAGUUAUUACCAACGUGAUGUUUUAGCGUCUUUUGUUUAUUUUAUAAGUAGUUAACUAGUUAUAAAGAUUAUAAAUAUUGAGGGAAAAUUAAUAAAACAUAUAUUUUAUAAAUAUGUUUAACUCUAUUGCAAUAGUUUAAAGAUUUUGUUUUUAUUGUAAGCUGUAUUGUUUCUGUAACUACUGUGUUUGUUAACUCAUUUCUAAAGUUAUGCUAGUACUUUCAUCUGUGAAUGUAAAGCGAGGUACUAAAGCUGAGAUUGAUUAGCUGGAAAGCCAAGUAUUUUUUACAUUCUACAUAAUCACGGCACGCUAACUACUACAAAUGUUAAAGCUUGCAGGACUUUGACACGUCGUUGUGUAUAGAAUUGAAUUAUUGCAGCUAGUGUAAACACAUCUGGAUGCGCUUGCGCAAUAUAGUACUUCAAGAUUUGUUAGUCUAACUUAGUAUAAUAUAAAUGUUCAUUGCAUUUCUUUUCUUGUAUUUAUCUUAUCUUGCAUUUCAAAUUUAUUUUUCGCAUUUUCUAUCAAUUUUAUGCGUGGAUUCUUCACACAGUUAAUAAUUCACAUUCUUGGCUGCUAUUACAGUAAGAAAACAUUAAUUAUUAUCGAUAGUUACAAUAUUUGUUUUAUUUGUUAUUGAAUUAAGUGUAAUCAUGAGGGUGUUACAAUAAUUCCAUGUGGAAUAUAAAUAUAAAUUACAGGGGAAAUUUUGUUAUUAACUGCCUCCGUGGCGUAAUUGUAUUGCGAGCGCGGUUCCACACCGCUCUGAGGUACUGGAUUCGAAUACCAGGUCGGGCAAAUGGCUUUUUCUGCUUACUAUCCAUUCGAAGUCUGGAAUCUGUGCCCUAUAUAGUAAUAGGCUAGACUAUAACAUCACGGGAUGGAACACAGGCGAAGAGUGGAUGCCCUGGUUGCACCUCUGCCUACCCCAGUGGGGAUAAUGGCGUGAUGUGUGUGAAAUGAUAUUUCUAUCAACUUUUGUCCAUAUUCUUGCCGAACACAAAUCCAAAGUAACAAUCUGUCUAUAAAAUAAACAUCAAUUUGGGUCUCUGUUGAAAACAAUUGAAAGUAAGAAAGUUGGUUACACUUGGACAAAUAAUAUUGUAACAGAUCCAUGACAUUAUUGCGGACAAGUACAAAAUUGUGCUCUCUUUUAUUGAUAUUGGAUUUAAAUUUAAAUGAAAUUUGCUUGUAGUAUAUGCACUGUUAAAAUCUCGUUAGAAGUUGGUUUUUAUGAUACCUUAAUAAAUAGGUAUAAACUUAUGCAAACCCUAUAUUUUAGUUAAAUUGAUACAACAAGAAAAUAUAUCCUGUAUAUACAUAGAGAAUAACCAAAUGUUUUGUGUGAUGUGGAAUAAAAAUCUUUUGAAAAUAUGUAUAAAUCUAAUGCUUUUAACUUUUGCUUUUAAUGUCAAAGUGAAUAUUUAUUGUGGUGUUAAUUUGGUGGUAGUCUUUAAAUAUUUUUAAGUAAUGUGAAUACAAGUUGUAUUUUAUGACUAUGUGAUCAUGUAAACAUUUUUCGUUUCGUAUACCUACUUAAUUUACAAUAAUAUAACAACUAUGUAUAUUUAUAAUUCAAUGGGCCAUACGAAAUAUAUAUCGCAAAAUCUUAAGCGGUAUAAGGCGACAAGCGCUGUUCCAUGCAGUACUUCGUAAUUAUAUUGUUUGGCACAUGAAGAUAUUGUUUACUGAGCCUAACAUCAGGGGCUUUAUUCUCAAUACCAUAGGUUAUUUUGACAAUGCGUAACAAGCACGUAACGCACCGCGUCAGGUUUAAGACAAUAGAAAUUGGCAUACAGAGUACCAUUCCACGCAAAUUUCAACAAGAUAAGGUAACACGGUUGUGUUACGAGGUUACUUUGUCAGUGGCGUCCUAAACUGAAGCUAGGCUCCAGAAGCUAGAAAAAAAUGACGAGGCUACGAGCGGAACAAAAAAAAUUCCACAGUUUGUAAUAAUAGGUCCUCUAAGUCCUCAGUAAGCGCGAGGCCCUGGCAUUUGCUCGGUUCGCUACUGCCGCUUCUCCAAAGAGAAUAAGGCCCCUGACAAGCGACUUCAUACAUAGGUGUUUAGAUGUUAAUUAAAAUUCAACUUGUAUGUGUAAUCUCAGUAAGUAGUAAGUGACGAAGCUAAGCUGUAAGACUGUGAUAAUUACCUCGACAUGCGAACAUCUAUGUUUACUUCCUUAAAUGAAUAAAAAUAUCUAUUUCAAA